GUCUCGCAGCACAUCUUAUCUCUCUUCUUUUUCCCUUUCUACUUGCCCAACUGUGCAGGGUUCGUAAAGGCGCCGCGCUAUCAAGGUGUAGCGUGCACGCCGUGGAAUGGCAGAAGGCUACUUCGUUGGCUACGUCGCUUCUCCUCCAAUUUGUAUCGCUCAUUCAAGUUUUCUUUCCGUUCGAGGGGAAUCCCACACAGGCGCAACGCUCUUCUUCAUUUUUAACGAGCGGCUUCGCUAACGCGAAAAAACCACUGCUAUUUACCGAGAAAGCAGAAAGUGAACUCGCCACUCAUAUCGUCAAGGCCGGUGAGGAAGAGGAGAUAAAAUGUCCACACCCACCGCCACGUCCGUCCGCCGGCCGGAGAAACGCGGCGGCCACCACUGGAACACAUCCGUUGCGCGUAUCACGCCACCCUCUGCGGAUGUCCCGGUGGUCUCGGACUCUUACUGGGUGCCCGAUGUAGAACAGAUGGACGCCACACGUCGACAGAAGCCGUGGCGCGCCGACCCGCACUUUUUCAACGCGGUCUCCGUCUCCCUGGCUGCCACGGUGAAGAUGUUCAUGCAUGGCACGCGUGGGUGCCCUGACAUCUCGCAGGGCCGCUUCAACUGGUUUGAGGUGAUGGGCCUCCUCAUUGGUCACUUCCGCGAUCGCGAGCUGGUGUUGACGGAUAGCUUCUGUCUGCCGGUAACCGCCUCGGAGGUGGAGUGCAGCAUGACGGAGGCGUCGCAAAUCUACAUGUCGAACUAUUUAGACUACCAUCGUCGACUUGGCAAAGCCGAACCGGGUUGCGUUGGGUGGUAUCACACCCACCCCGGUUACUCGUGUUUUCUUUCCGGCAUCGACGUGACGACGCAGCAGGGCAGUCAACGCAUGCAGGACCCGUGGGUGGCUCUCGUGAUUGAUCCGGUGGAGACGCUGCGCACCGGUCAGUUUUCGAUGAAGGCGUUCCGCACCUACCCGGAGGGCUACAUCCCACCCGAGGCUGCUGAAAAGGCAUCGCGCACCGAAGAAGGCGAAGGCAACGACCCGCCUCCUCGUUCUUUUCCUCAUUCAAACGGUCUUGCUGGUGCGAGCGGGAGCAGCUUCGACCCUCUACCCACCAGCCGCAUCAAGGAGUUUGGCAUGCACGCCCAUCGCUUCUACGAGCUGCCUGUAAAGGUGGUACAAAGUGCCCGCGACGCGCCUCUGUGGGCGACGCUGCAGCAGCACUUCUGGCCGCUCUCCCUGUCCUUGACCUUCCCCUUUGCUGCGUCGACGCGUACGUGUCAGUGCUGCUCCAAGGAACUGGCCGACAUCACCGCUGCGUUGGCGGACCUGCCCAGCGGAGGACGAGCUGUCACGACGCCCAGCUCAACCAGCGCGGUGCAGCGCGGCGGACGGUACGAGCCGGGAGCGAUGCCGCGGCUCUACAAAUCCGCCGGGUCCAAGUCGAGGGAGGAAGCAAUCGAGUGGGCUAAGUAUUCUACGAACCGCGAGGAAAGGGCAGAGGAAAAGAAGGUGGCGGUGGUACACCAUCUUCUGACCGUCACCCGCGAUGCACUGCAAGCCAAGUCCGAAUCGUUUUCUCUAUUGAACGCCGCCCAGCCAGCGCAGCCAGAGUUGCUACAAGCGCUUCGUGUGGUAUCUGCAGCAUCAAAGGCGAUGCAUCACGAAGAGCAAGAGUGA